AGCGGCAGGCCACGCAUCUCUCUCCCUUCCUUCUCCCCGUUCUCCGUGCAAUCUCGGCCGUUUCCGCUCCCGCCAUCGCCAUGGAGGAGGCCAAGGUUGUGGAGUCCAAGGACGGGACGAUCUCAGUUGCUUCAGCAUUUGCUGGUCAUCAGGAAGCUGUGCAAGACAGGGACCACAAAUUUUUAUCAAAGGCAGUGGAGGAAGCAUACCGAGGAGUUGACUGCGGCGAUGGAGGACCAUUUGGUGCAGUUGUUGUCCAUAAUGAUGAAGUAAUAGUUAGCUGCCAUAACAUGGUUUUGAAGAACACUGAUCCAACUGCGCAUGCUGAAGUAACUGCGAUAAGAGAGGCUUGCAAAAAGCUUGGGAAAAUUGAGCUGUCGGAUUGUGAAAUUUAUGCAUCUUGUGAGCCAUGCCCAAUGUGUUUUGGUGCUGUUCAUCUAUCCCGGAUUAAGAGGCUGGUGUAUGGAGCCAAGGCAGAAGCUGCAAUUGCCAUUGGAUUUGAUGAUUUCAUUGCUGAUGCUCUCAGAGGAACUGGGUACUAUCAGAAGGCCAACAUGGAGAUAAAGCAGGCAGAUGGAAAUGGAGCCAUGAUUGCUGAACAAGUAUUUGAGAAGACUAAAGCGAAGUUCCAAAUGUAUUGAACCGUGGAAUUACUUGGUGGGAUGAUUUAACAUUGUGAUAGCCCUCUGAUUCUCAAAAAAGAAUAACACAACCUCUGGUAUUAUGUAAUUUGUGACGGGCCACAAAUUGUCAUUGUGCUUCCAUUUAUGAAAACAAGAUUGAUGUCACUCCUUGUUCUUCAAUGAGCAGUUGAUUCUUAACUU